UCUCAUCCCUUUUGCAUCAAACAGAUAACAUAACAAAGCCAAAAGCCACAAUGAGGUCUCCAUCAUCAGAUCUCAAUCUCUUAGCCAUUUUCUUCAUCAUCUUCCUCUCAUCACCAACCUUUUCUUGCCUCUGCCUUGCCCAGAACACUCCUCAAGACUUCCUUGCUGUACACAACUCAGCUCGAUCUCAGGUCGGUGUGAGUCCCCUCUACUGGAACCACACCCUUGCUUCCUACGCUCAGAACUACGCCAACAAGCGAAGCCAUGACUGCAACUUGGAGCACUCCGGCGGGCCCUUUGGCGAGAACAUCGCCGAGGGCUACGGUGACAUGAAGGGCUCCGACGCCGUCAAGUUCUGGCUCACCGAGAAGCCUAACUACGACUAUCACUCUAAUUCUUGCGAGAAUGAUGAGUGCCUUCACUAUACUCAGAUCGUUUGGAGAGAUUCUCAUCAUCUUGGAUGUGCUAGAGCUAAGUGUACUAAUGGAUGGAUGUUUGUGAUUUGUAGUUAUGAUCCUCCAGGCAACGUUGAAGGCGAAAGACCAUAUUGAUUGGAAUAUAUAUAUAUAUAUAUAUAUAUGCACACCCACACACAUGCACUGAGAAGUUGAAACACUCUCAUCUUUAUUGCUGGAGGAUUAAAAUUAAACCAUGCCAUUAUUAGGUGCGGUUCAACGAUGAGGUGUAAUGAUAUCUAUGGUUGAUAAUUUAUAUGGAAUAUCUGAAAUUUAAAUUCAA